AUCCAUUACUAGCUACCUCGCACACAUUUACUGCAUUCUGCAUAUCUUCCUUGAUCUGUGUACAUCAGCACUCGGCAGAGAUUCGACAUAAAGGGUAGCAUGUCAUCGGCGGAGCACCCCAGGAAGGCUUUCGGUUGGGCUGCUAGAGACGCUUCCGGCGUCCUCUCCCCUUUCAAUUUCUCCAGAAGGGCAACCGGAGAGAAAGACGUGGCUUUCAAGGUCCUGUACUGUGGGAUUUGCCACUCUGAUCUUCACAUGGUGAAGAAUGAAUGGGGCCACACAGUGUAUCCUGUUGUACCUGGACAUGAGAUUGUUGGUGAAGUGACAGAGGUUGGAAGCAAUGUGACCAAGUUCAAAGUUGGAGAUAGAGUAGGAGUUGGGUGUAUGGUUGGAUCCUGCCACUCCUGCGACAAUUGUGCAAACAAUGUUGAGAACUACUGCCCUAAAAUGAUAUUGACCUAUGGUUCCAAGUACCCUGAUGGGACCCUGACAUAUGGAGGUUAUUCUGAUACCAUGGUUGUGGAGGAGCACUUUAUAGUUCGCAUUCCAGAUAACCUGCCGCUUGAUGCUGCUGCUCCCCUUCUUUGUGCUGGGAUCACUGUGUUUAGUCCAUUGAGAUACUAUGGACUUGAUAGGCCUGGUGCACAUGUAGAAUGCCCAAGACGGCUGCCACAAGCCUCCUCCAAAGCUCUUCUCAUUCUGAAUUGGGAUGGGUAUUUAUAGGAUUUUAGAAACCCUAAUUGAAAUAAAAGUAGGACUUGGAA